ACAAUCCAUGGAAAAGGAAGGUUUUAUUCGCUGUAUUGAAGAAAUACAAGAAGAUAUGAAGCUUUCCAUACGUGUCAUAUCUACUGAUCGGCACGCUUCGAUAAAAAAGCUGAUGCGAUGUGACCCAAGGUUCAACAAUAUUAUCCAUCAAUUUGAUCCUUGGCACAUUGGGAAGGGAAUGCUCAAAAAGUUAAUCAAGGCAUCGAAAAAAAAGGACAUGAAAAUUCUUGCUAGUUGGGCGCCUGCAGUUGUUAAUCACCUUUAUUGGUCGAUUCACAACUGUCAUGGUAACGGAAAGGAGUUGGUUGAGAGAUUCACCUCUAUCAUUCACCAUUCAGUCAAUCGCCAUACAUUCCAUCACAAUAAAAUAUAUAAAAAAUGCGAACAUCCGGAAUUGACUGAAGAUGAAAACAACAGAAAACAGUGGCUUGUGAUGGGGUCUGAGGCCCACUCCAAGUUGGUGAAAGUUGUCACGCAACCUAGUCUUGUUAAAGAUAUGGAAAAGCUGACGGAACAACUCCAUACCACUCUCCUGGAAGUUUUUCAUUCCUUGAAAAUACGAUAUCUCCCUAAGUCCAUAUUUUUCAAAAUGGAGAAGAUGUUGGCUGGAACACAGCUUUCCAUUUUGGAUCACAACCACAACGUCGACAGAGAACAGAAAUCCAAAGUCGACGAGGAAGGCGUAGAAACCCCUCUUUUCAAGGUGGCAUACUCAAAGCCCAACAAACGAUUUGUGGCAAAGGUUGUGAAAGUCGAUAAAGACUAUAGUUACCUAUCGCAUAUUACAAGGAAAAUAUUGAAACGAGCUGAAGUCAAAAGGAAAGCUUCGAAACGAAGUCUGCUGAAGCGUCAACUCCCAUUGAAAAUUGACGACUUUCCCGGUCGUGAAGAGCAACUAAGGCAGUCCAAAGAGCGUCCUUGAGUAGGACAACCCAAUAAAAAUGAGGGUGUUGAGUAAUGCAUUCU